GCUGAUCCUCACAUGCUCAGUUCAGCCAUCUGUUGCGGAAGCUUCAAGCAGUGCACAUAUGUCCCACGUGACUCGCGCGUCUCGAUGACGUCAUCCCCUGCUAAUGCGCAUACGAGUGCGCCCACGGCUGCAUUCUACCAAAGGAAAGCUCUCAGAGAUGGCCUGUACAGUUACAGAGUAUGUUGAUCCAAUACCAUCAGAUUGUAAAGGAGAUUUAAAAAUCCACAAGAUGGAUGGAGAUUACCCUCUUAAAGUGCUAUACUGUGGAGUGUGUUCACUGCCAGUAGAGUACUGUGAAUAUAUGCCUGAUGUCACAAAGUGCAGGCAGUGGCUAGAAAAAAAUUUCCCUAACGAAUUUUCAAAGCUUACACUGGGAAGCUGUCCUAAACAAGAGACUGGUGUUAGCGAAGGACCUGGAACAGCUGGUGAAGAGGAGGAAAAGAAAAAGCAGAAAAGAGGUGGGCGUGGUCAAAUAAAACAGAAGAAGAAGACCGUUCCACAAAAAGUUACAAUAGCCAAAAUUCCAAGAGCAAAGAAGAAAUAUGUUACUAGAGUUUGUGGUCUUGCAACGUUUGAAAUUGAUCUCAAGGAAGCGCAACGAUUUUUUGCUCAGAAAUUCUCCUGUGGUGCCUCGGUGACAGCAGAAGAUGAAAUAAUCAUUCAGGGAGACUUUACAGAUGAUAUUAUUGAUGUAAUCCAGGAAAAAUGGCCAGAGGUUGAUGAUGACAGCAUUGAGGACCUUGGAGAAGUGAAGAAGUGAUCAAAUAAUGUGCCUGUAUUUAAAAACCUAACAUUCUAAUCAAGUAGCCAAAGCAAGGAAGAGUACUGAGAGCGUCAUGUCACCAUUAAACGUUACAUCCUUAUUCAUUACAUUUGCACCACUUUUUACUCAGCUCAUACUAUUUGUUUAUUUUUUAAUUGCUGAGGUUAAAGUAAACAAGGUCCCUCAUGCGACUGCAUGAUACUUGUUUAGAUUAAUAAAAUGGUUUGGGUCCUUA